GGCGGCGGCGCGCGCCGGAGCCCGCAUUCCACCGAAGCGGCCGGAGCCCGCGGGGCGACGUCACCCCAGGCUCCGCCCCCGUCCCUCCCCGAGCAAAGUAACUCCGGACUACCCUGAGCUGCCUCUGCCGAGCAUGGAGAGCAGCGGCCGCGGCUGGCGGGCGGCGCGGGAGACGCUUUCGCCCGCGAGGUAGUUUGCCGACGUUGCGCAAGGACCAAAGUGCUGGCGGGUGGCCGCGGCGUCCCCGCGAGCCCCCCACGAGGCCGGCCGGGCGGCUGGCUGGUGGAUUUCGCCGCGAUCCCCCCGGAGGCUCUUUGCAAAGCUGCUUGAAACUUCUCCCAAAACUCGCCAUGGAUGUGGCGGCGGCGGCGCUGCCUGCUUUUGUGGCGCUCUGGCUCCUGUCCCCGUGGCCUCUCCUGGGGUCGGUCCAAGGCCAGUUUUCCGCAGGUGGCUGUACAUUUGAUGAUGGGCCAGGAGCCUGCGACUACCACCAGGAUUUAUACGAUGACUUUGAAUGGGUCCACGUCAGUGCGCAGGAACCCCAUUACCUGCCCCCUGAAAUGCCUCAAGGUUCCUAUAUGGUUGUGGACGCCUCAAAUCAUGAUCCCGGAGAGAAAGCCCGACUUCAGCUGCCUACCAUGAAGGAAAAUGACACUCACUGCAUUGAUUUCAGUUACCUGUUAUACAGCCAGAAAGGGCUGAACCCUGGCACUUUGAACAUCCUAGUUCGAGUGAAUAAAGGACCCCUUGCUAAUCCAAUUUGGAAUGUGACUGGAUUCACUGGUCGAGACUGGCUUCGGGCUGAGCUGGCAGUGAGCACCUUUUGGCCCAAUGAAUAUCAGGUAAUAUUUGAAGCUGAAGUCUCAGGAGGGAGAAACGGUUAUAUUGCCAUUGACGACAUCCAAGUCUUGAGUUAUCCUUGCGACAAAUCCCCUCAUUUCCUCCGUCUGGGUGAUGUGGAGGUCAACGCAGGGCAGAAUGCUACGUUUCAGUGCAUUGCUACAGGGAGAGAUGCUGUGCAUAACAAAUUAUGGCUGCAGAGACGGAAUGGAGAAGACAUACCCGUGGCCCAGACGAAGAACAUCAAUCAUAGAAGAUUUGCUGCCUCCUUCAGAUUGCAAGAAGUGACAAAAACCGACCAGGAUUUGUACCGCUGCGUAACUCAGUCAGAACGAGGCUCUGGGGUCUCCAACUUUGCUCAACUUAUUGUUAGAGAACCACCCAGACCCAUUGCCCCUCCCCAGCUGCUUGGCGUGGGGCCUACUUACUUGCUGAUCCAACUCAAUGCGAACUCCAUCAUUGGGGAUGGCCCCAUCAUCCUGAAAGAGGUGGAAUAUCGAAUGACAUCAGGAUCUUGGACAGAAACCCAUGCAGUCAAUGCUCCAACAUACAAGUUAUGGCAUUUGGAUCCAGAUACAGAAUACGAGAUCCGUGUUUUGCUCACAAGACCCGGUGAAGGGGGAACAGGACUCCCAGGACCACCACUGAUUACCAGAACCAAGUGUGCAGAACCCAUGCGGACCCCAAAGACUUUAAAGAUUGCUGAAAUCCAGGCAAGGCGCAUUGCUGUGGACUGGGAGUCCUUGGGUUACAACAUCACUCGCUGCCACACUUUCAAUGUCACUAUCUGCUACCAUUACUUCCGUGGCCACAAUGAGAGCAGGGCGGACUGCCUGGACAUGGACCCCAAAGCCCCUCAGCACGUUGUGAACCAUCUGCCACCUUAUACAAAUGUCAGCCUCAAGAUGAUCCUAACCAAUCCAGAGGGAAGGAAGGAGAGCGAAGAGACGAUCAUUCAAACUGAUGAAGAUGUGCCCGGUCCUGUGCCAGUCAAAUCCCUCCAAGGAACAUCCUUUGAAAACAAGAUCUUCUUGAACUGGAAAGAGCCAUUGGAACCAAAUGGAAUCAUCACUCAAUAUGAGGUGAGCUACAGCAGCAUCAGAUCAUUUGACCCUGCCGUUCCAGUGGCUGGACCUCCACAGACUGUAUCAAAUUUAUGGAACAGUACACACCAUGUAUUUAUGCAUCUCCACCCUGGAACCACCUACCAGUUUUUCAUAAGAGCCAGCACUGUCAAAGGCUUUGGGCCCGCCACAGCCAUCAAUGUGACCACAAAUAUCUCAGCUCCGACUUUACCUGACUAUGAAGGAGUUGAUGCCUCUCUGAAUGAAACCGCCACCACAAUCACAGUAUUAUUGAGACCCGCACAAGCCAAAGGUGCCCCUAUCAGUGCUUACCAAAUUGUUGUGGAGCAACUGCACCCACAUCGGACCAAGCGAGAAGCCGGGGCCAUGGAGUGCUACCAGGUGCCCGUCACAUACCAGAACGCCCUGAGUGGGGGUGCACCCUAUUACUUUGCGGCAGAACUCCCGCCUGGGAAUCUUCCUGAGCCUGCUCCCUUCACCGUGGGUGACAACAGGACCUAUAAAGGCUUUUGGAAUCCUCCUCUGGCUCCCCGCAAAGGUUACAACAUCUAUUUCCAAGCGAUGAGCAGUGUGGAGAAGGAAACUAAAACCCAGUGUGUACGAAUUGCUACAAAAGCAGCAGCAACAGAAGAACCAGAGGUGAUCCCGGACCCUGCGAAGCAGACAGACAGAGUGGUGAAAAUCGCGGGCAUCAGUGCUGGGAUCUUGGUCUUCAUCCUCCUCCUCCUGGUUGUCAUAGUGAUUGUGAAAAAGAGGUAUAUAUGUUGGAGAAGACACAUCUGCAUUAGAAACAUUAGGAGGAGCUACUAUUCUUACUCCUACUACCUCAAGCUUGCUAAAAAGCGCAAGGAUGCAAUGGGAAACACACGGCAGGAGAUGACGCACAUGGUGAACGCUAUGGACCGGAGUUACGCCGAUCAGAGCACCCUGCACGCAGAGGAUCCGCUGUCCCUCACCUUCAUGGACCAGCAUAACUUCAGUCCGAGAUUGCCCAAUGAUCCGCUUGUACCGACUGCUGUGUUAGUCCCUAUAACCGAUGAAAACCACAGUGCCACAGCAGAGUCUAGUCGCCUUCUGGAUGUUCCUCGCUACCUCUGCGAAGGGACAGAGUCCCCUUACCAGACAGGACAACUGCACCCAGCCAUCAGAGUGGCCGACUUACUGCAGCACAUUAACCUCAUGAAGACAUCAGACAGCUAUGGGUUCAAAGAGGAAUACGAGAGCUUCUUUGAAGGUCAAUCAGCAUCUUGGGAUGUAGCUAAAAAAGAUCAAAACAGAGCAAAAAACCGAUAUGGAAACAUUAUCGCAUAUGAUCACUCCAGAGUCAUUCUACAACCCGUGGAGGAUGAUCCUUCUUCAGAUUACAUUAACGCCAACUACAUCGAUAUUUGGCUGUACAGGGAUGGCUACCAGAGACCAAGCCACUACAUUGCAACUCAAGGCCCGGUUCAUGAGACCGUGUAUGACUUCUGGAGGAUGGUGUGGCAAGAACAGUCUGCCUGUGUCGUGAUGGUAACUAAUUUAGUGGAGGUUGGCCGGGUUAAAUGCUAUAAAUAUUGGCCUGAUGACACUGAGGUGUAUGGUGACUUCAAAGUGACCUGUGUAGAAAUGGAACCCCUUGCUGAAUACGUAGUUAGGACAUUCACCUUGGAAAGGAGGGGCUAUAACGAAAUCCGUGAAGUCAAACAGUUCCACUUCACUGGCUGGCCUGACCAUGGUGUUCCGUACCACGCCACGGGGCUUCUCUCCUUUAUCAGGAGAGUCAAGCUGUCCAACCCUCCUAGUGCUGGGCCCAUCGUCGUGCACUGCAGUGCUGGUGCUGGACGCACAGGCUGCUACAUUGUGAUUGACAUCAUGCUGGACAUGGCUGAAAGAGAGGGUGUGGUGGACAUCUACAACUGUGUCAAAGCCUUACGAUCACGCCGCAUCAAUAUGGUUCAGACAGAGGAGCAGUACAUUUUUAUUCAUGAUGCCAUUUUAGAAGCUUGCUUAUGUGGAGAGACUGCCAUCCCUGUCUGUGAAUUUAAAGCCGCAUAUUUUGAUAUGAUUAGAAUAGACUCUCAAACGAACUCCUCCCAUCUCAAAGAUGAAUUUCAGACUCUGAAUUCAGUCACCCCUCGACUCCAAGCUGAAGACUGUAGCAUAGCAUGCCUGCCAAGGAACCAUGACAAGAACCGUUUCAUGGACAUGCUCCCACCUGACAGAUGUCUGCCUUUUUUAAUUACAAUUGAUGGGGAGAGCAGUAACUACAUCAAUGCUGCUCUUAUGGAUAGCUACAGGCAACCAGCAGCCUUCAUUGUCACCCAAUACCCGCUGCCAAACACUGUGAAAGAUUUCUGGAGAUUAGUGUAUGAUUAUGGCUGUACCUCCAUUGUGAUGUUAAAUGAAGUGGACUUGUCCCAGGGCUGUCCUCAGUAUUGGCCAGAAGAAGGGAUGCUGCGAUACGGCCCUAUCCAAGUGGAGUGUAUGUCCUGUUCAAUGGACUGUGAUGUGAUCAAUCGGAUUUUUCGGAUAUGCAACCUAACUAGACCACAGGAGGGCUAUCUGAUGGUACAGCAGUUCCAGUACCUCGGAUGGGCUUCUCAUCGGGAAGUGCCCGGCUCCAAACGCUCGUUUCUGAAACUGAUACUGCAGGUGGAAAAAUGGCAGGAGGAAUGUGAGGAAGGGGAAGGCCGGACGAUCAUCCACUGCUUGAAUGGCGGUGGCCGCAGUGGCAUGUUCUGCGCCAUAGGCAUUGUUGUUGAGAUGGUAAAGCGGCAAAACGUGGUGGACGUUUUCCAUGCUGUGAAGACCCUGAGGAAUAGCAAGCCAAACAUGGUGGAAGCCCCGGAGCAGUAUCGUUUCUGCUAUGACGUGGCUUUGGAGUACCUGGAGUCCUCAUAGUUAGGUGAGGCCAUUUGCAGAGCAUCCGAGCAGAGACCCAUUCUCGCCUGUUGAGCCAGCAGCUGUUGACCUGUGACACCUGCACAGAGAGAUUUUAAUGUGGGGGGUGGGAGGCUUUUACAUUGGAGAGGCAAACGUAUUUUUCUUAUAAAGUUGUGUAUCUUAAUAAAAAGGACUUGAUCGGUUUCUAUGACUGUAUGAAAGCAUCCACAUUUUGUGCCACCCAAGUUAUCUUUAAGAAGAAGCAGAUUCCGAUGAGGAGAAAUGACCAGCGUCUGUACAGUGACCACACAGCCUUUUCUCUCCUGCUUUAGGUAGAACAGCUACGGCACAUUGCAUGCACUUUUGAAAGUGGCAUUAUUUCCCUUCCUUAAAAAAAGAAGCAGCAGCAGCAGCUGUGGAACCUUAAAGUGGGGAAGAAAACAAAAGCUGUGCGAAUUCAAAUGCAUUUACUAAUUUCAUUUUUAUAUGUUCAAAGUGCAGCAGAGCUCUAUAUAAAUGUAUAAAUAUAUAUAAAUAUAUAUAUAUAUAUAUAACUGGCUUAUUUUCUUUUAAUGUGCAAUGAUGGCUGGAUCAUUUAAAGUUCUUUUUCGGAAAUACCAUAAGCCAAAGACUCAAGUGUAAAUAUGUCAAUAUGAAAGAAGCACAUUAUAUUUAUUGGUUACUUACAUUACUUUUUUGAUGGCUAAAACACUACCACCACACAAUCAUUUUUGUUUCAGAAGAAAGCUUUUUCUUUAGCAAAAAUCAAUGGUAAACGAUUUUUGUAGAUUAUUUUUUGUAUGUUUAGUGUAAGUAGAGGAUAAACUUUUUAUUCAUAAACCAGGAAGCAAUGAUGUUCUUUGGAGUGGCUCCCUUGUGUACAUGCUUGUGAAUUAAAUUUAUGUAAAACAUCGUGGCAAUUGUCUUUGAAUAGAGGACCAAAUUAAAAUGUUUUGCUGAAAAUGUAGUUUUUUUUUUCCCCAAGUUUUAUUAGGUAAAUGAUGGCUUGGUGGUUGCACAAGAGAAAUCCGCACAGCAGAAGACAUUGUGGGUAGCUUGCCUGGUGUGGACUAGCACCUGUAAGCACUUUUAAACUUGAAAGGAGUUGGGUUUCUCAGCCUGUGGCCUGGCACUGUGUUCAGGAUGGCAACACCGAUGCUUCCAGGGACGAGGUUUAGCACACUGUAAGCUGUCAAGGUAACACAAUGUUCUUUUUGAUGCUUCCAAGCACAAGCUUUGGAUUCCUACCCUAGAAAGUGUGAACAGAUCGAUGCCCGAUUCCUGUUGCCUGCUUUUAUGAGAUUUCCCCAGUGACUUUUUCUAAGUGUGGUCUCAUUCACAUGCUCCACGUCGCUGUAACUUCACAUCAUCACCUUGCAGUUUGUUAGUAACUGAAGCAUUCCCGUGUCCUCUUUCUAGACUGCCGGCCCAUGACAUGGUGCUUAUAAAGAUUUAAUUAAAGUGAGAGUGAAAUAAAGUUUUUAUAAUUUCAA